AUGAUGGCUCACGGAAACGUUGAAAUAAAAAUUGAAUAUUUAUGUCGUACCUGUUUGGCCAAAGAAAUUGAUUUAAUUUCAGUUUUUGAAGUAUGUCUCGGAAAUAUCUCCUUCGAUAGUAUUAUUGCCUCGGUUACCGGUAUUAAGAUUGAAGUGGAUGAUGGUUUACCUUCAACAAUAUGCAAGGAUUGCAAAGACAAGGCAGUUAGUGCUUACAACUUUAGAACACGCUCAGAGGAAGCUAAUGUGAUGUUAUGUGGUUUGUUAAACAAAGAAAAAUUUGAUCGAAAUAAAAAUCAACAUUCUAACCUACAGACCAAAGUAGUUGAAGUAAAAACAGAGCAAUAUAAUGAGAGCAGUCAUGACAAUUAUAUAGAUUUGGAUCUUUCUGCCGCUCUCAAUACUGAUCAUGAACAGUACAAUAAUGUGGAUGAUGUAAAAAAUGAAAGCGACCUCCGAUCUAAGGACACACAAGAAAGUAGCAAUAUAAAUCCUGACAAUGAUCUGAACAAUAUAAAUGAAGAUGACAAUAGUAAAGAUAGCACAUAUUGUCCUAUAUGUGGCACGAGUUUCUCAGAUGCUGUGGCCCUCACAAAACACGCCUGGGAUAGACACGCUGAUCUUAUGGGACCCAAAAAACGUGGUCGUCCUAAGAAACUACUGACUAGUACAAUUUUAAGCAAAUUAUCAGAAAAUGGUUAUAAUUUAAAAAGUUUGCCACACCAAAAACACAAAUGUGCUUUUUGUAAAGAUGAUUUUAAGGCUAAAGAUGAUUUGUUGUUGCAUAUGGUCGAACACAGGGAUGUUAAGUUAUUAAAAUGUCUGGUUUGCAAAAAAAUUUACCUCACAAAAAAAGAUUUUGAUGUACACAACUGUGGUCAGGAUAGCGAAAUUAAUAAUUUUAAACAGGGAGAGCAUUUAGAAACUUCAGUCGAGAAAUUUAAAUUAUGUACUGAAAUUAUGCUCCAAGAGAUCUUAUUAACAAAUUGUGAUGUGGAUAAUCCUAGCAAUGUUGAAGUAUGUGAAGCGUGUGGUGGUGUCUUCACAGCUAUGGAAAUUGGUACACAUAGAGACCAGGAACACCCUGAACUGUCUCUGCGAUGUCACAUGUGUGAGAAGGUGUUCGCAACCUUGAAGUCAGCUAGCCGUCACCGGUCCACGUGUUCGUUGGUGGAGCGUCUCUUCUCGUGUUCUUCAUGCGGCAUGAGGUUCGCUCACGAGGUUACUCUCAACAAACACAUACUGAGAGCUCACGCCGGUCAAAGCGUUUCAGUCAGAUUCAUGGACAGGGGCGCCCCACCACAAUACAAGUGUGAUACAUGCAAUAGACGGUUUCAGAGGAAAGAUCUGCUAACAAGGCAUUCAAAAAUACAUAAAAAUUCGGAUAAAUUUUUUGAAUGUGAUGUCUGCAAAAAGAAAUUUCAUAGAAGAGAUAAUCUAAGAGCCCACGUCCGUAUUCACGAUGGCACCAGUUCCUCAGCCGGUUCAAGCGCCUGUCUGUGUCUCUACUGCGGCAGAAGUUUCUCAAAUUCCUCUAAUCUCAUAGUUCACAUGCGUCGACAUACUGGCGAGAAGCCAUACAAGUGUGACUUCUGCGGGAAAGGGUUCCCACGUUCGUCUGAUCUCCAAUGUCAUCGACGAUCUCAUACCGGCGAGAAACCUUGCAUAUGUGGAGUGUGUGGAAAAGCCUUCUCCCGGAGCAAUAAGUUGUCUCGUCACAUGCGUGUACACACGGGAGUCAAGCCGUACAAGUGUUCGUAUUGCGAGAAGGCGUUCUCACAGAGCAACGAUCUAACGCUACACGUGCGGCGACACACGGGCGAUAAACCUUACGUCUGUGAAUUAUGUGGGGAUCGAUUCAUACAGGGUACAGCUCUUCAUAAUCAUCGUCGUGCCCAUGGUCAUUUCCCGCCCUCGACCCAAGCGCUGCCUCCUAUAGUCUACACCGUUCAAACAAUCACACAGACAUAA